AUGGGGACUGAAGCUGAGAAGUCGGCGGUGGACCAAGGUCACACCGCUGAGAGCGGGAUUGCUCCGCCUCCGGCCCCUCCUGCAGCUGUUGCUGCUGCUCCCCUUGCCCCCCCGGCUCCUCCUGCCGCUGGUGCGACGUCCUCAAUUCAUGUCCUGCUGACUCCGGCUCCCCCGCCGAGCCUUUCGCUCGCUGUUCCCGUGUCCGGCGCGCCGGCUCCCAUUGCGCAGCCGUCACUUGUGGCGCCGCCGCCUGUCCAAGCUGUCGUUGGUGGCCCUGCGCCGGGGACAGCGGUGGGCGCCGGCCCCGCACCUGCCCACCUAGUGGCCCCUGCGGCUGCGCCGGUACAACCCGUCGCGCAGCGGCUCGCAGAGUCACAGAUUCGCGGUGCCGCGGGGGGCAAUGCGGCAGCGCAUCGGGAGCGAGGUUCUCCUCGGCGUCGCCCCUCCUCGUCGUAUCGGUCGGCGCACCGUGGAGGCCGCGGUGGCUUGUGGGGAGGUCAUGAUCGCCGGCGCGGUGGGCCAAGCGAGAUGCAGCAGCUGUGCGAGGAUUUCUCGAGGAUGUUAGCUGCGGCGAUGCGCAAUGCUCUGAAUGGCGCACCGAAUCUUGGAAGCUCGCUGGCUCCCGCCGCUCCUGCGCCCGCACCAGCUCCUGUGAAUGUGCAGGCUCCGGCCGCACCCCUUGCUGCUCCUGCGCCCCAUGCAUCGGCGUACCCACGGGUUCCCGCUCCUGGCGGUGAUCGUGCUCUGCAUGCCUCCUUGCAUCCUGUUUUCGCUGCACCAUAUCCCCCUCUGCCCUGGAUUCCCCCUCUUCCGGACACGGGAUUUGUGGGAGCGGGAGGCGGAGAGGCGAGUGGGGCCUUCGUCCCUCCGCGACAGCGUGCUGAUAUUCCGUCACUGCAGCCACCGCCCCCACUUCCUGUUCCGGCUGUGGUUCAGACCACUGGGCUGGCCCAAGUCCCCACGGCGACUCUUGCUCAAUUCACACCCCCCCCUGCUUCUCACCGCGCCCAUGUAUCCCUCCCUUGCCGCCACCCAUCCUCCUCCUGUCAACGUGUUCCUUUCUCCCCGGCCCCCUCAACCCCUCAGGCCGCCCUGGCAGGGGCGUGUCUCUCUUCGUACUCGUCCUCCAAGUGUUGCUCGGGCUUCAGCAAGGAGGGCACCCUCCAUAGUGGCUCUGGGGUUGAACUCUGGUGGCGGUGGGACCCAAUCGUGGGAGAGGAGCUGAGUCGAUCGGCCCAGGAGGCAGUCAGUUGGCAGGUCCAGCUGCCUCAGUAG